CCUCAAUGUCCGGAUGGAGCCAAACCUCCAACUUGACAUGUUCACUUCCAAAAUACCCACCUAAGUCGGUUUAUUUCAAACAGCGGACAAGAACAUGUUGCUUCUAUUCAGCACGGAAAGUCUGCGGUCACUUCCGUUGCAUUGAUCCGGGCGUUCAGCAGCAUACGCCUAGAACACAUCCUGAGUCGCAUGCCUUCCAACGACGCGUAAAGUAUCCCGGACGCGUUCUUACAGCGAGCGGGCGUCUUUGCGUCGUUAUCAGCGAACGACACACAGAUCCCUGGGUUUUGAUACCCCUUAUCCGUAUACACAACAACAGCCGUACUGUACAGUGCAUGCAGGAGAUUCACAGUCACAUUCACAUCCACAUCCACAAGUCGCCGUCUACAUUCAAUUGGGGGCCUUUUACGGAAGGAGUGUCUGUACAAGCAGAAUGAAAGCCCGGCCCUGCGAGGCAGCUGCAGCACCAUGGCAUACCUCGAACAGCUGGGCGCCUUGACUGACGAGCUCAUCGCUGCUGUCGCGACCCUUCCCGGGUCGGCGCCUGAGAGACUGGGUGCUGCCCGCGAGUCAGCCCUGCGCACUCUCCGGCACCAUAACUUUCUUAGGACGAACCAGUUUGAGGUCCGAGACCGGCUCAACGGACUCGAGGAGCGCUUCCAUGUCGUCGGCCGCGAUGCUCUCGCCAAGGCCCUGAGCAAGCGCCUGCGUGCGCUGGAACCCUUCGAGGACAAGCACACGCCUGACAUUCUGCACUUCAUCCUUGAGCUCUCGGACCGGCCCACCCACAACUCAAAGCUCAGCGACCUGGAGCGCCUCGCCGCCCCCCAAGCUGAUUCCUUGUAUAAGCUAACCUGGAAGGACAUUUCCAGGGAAGAAGGCUGGCACGAGGACCGCGCCCUCUGGCGCGAUAUCGACUACUCUCCCAGCUCGGACGAAGAUGACCAGGACGACGCCCGGUCGGCCGUCUCCUUCGAGUCGCUCACCAGUGCCUCCUCCGUCCCUGACGGCUACCGCAGCACCGCCCAGGACUUGGUGAUCAACCCGCCUGGAGGCAAGCUGUUGCUCGACCAGGUCCGCGAGAGCCAGGCAUGGCGAGAUGCCGCCCCUGCAACCGGCGCAGACGGCCGCUCAAAUAAGACGCCCAUCACGACUUCUCAGCUGCUGCGUGAGGCCCUGUUCAUGCUUGGCGGGCUGGAAACGACUCUGUUUAACUCGACGUGCAAUUUUAUUCCCUUGUACCAGCUCUCCGGCGUGUCUUGGGAUACGUACAAGGCCCUCGCAAGCUCCUUCGCCGAAUGCGGCCGCAAGCUCGCGCCUUUGCGCAAGUUUAUCAGGACGAAAGAGGACGUUCCACUUCUUCAGGUCUUUCAAGACUCGCUGCAGAGGGCCUUGCGCUCUUUUGACGGGCAACUCGCUGCGAUCCAGAGCCGUUUGGUUGCCGUCGAGCAAGACGUGCCCGUGAGCCUGAUAGGUCUUCUGCCGGAGCUGAGGCCGUCUUUGAUCCCCCUGUAUGUCUUGUCGAGUAUUGUAUGCCAGCUUCAAGAAGAGCGGAAUGCACACGCAUUCCGCUACCUAGAAAUGCUAUUUGAUGCGGUCGGCACGGCCCAAAUGGAAGGAAGCGACGGUACCUACAAGCUCCUCGGCGGCAUCUUCUUCGAUUGCCUUCAAAUCUAUUUGAAGCCAAUCCGGCUGUGGAUGGAAGAGGGCCGGCUGUUGCCUGGGGACCGAACCUUUUUCGUCUCCGAGGCUUCCACGAGGCCCCCGUUACCCCAGGUCUGGCAGAGCCAGUUCAACCUCCGCCGAACCCCCGAAGGCAACCUUCACGCCCCGCGAUUUCUCCGGCCUGCGAUUCACCGAAUCUUUACGGCGGGCAAGAGUAUCGUCGUUCUGAAACAUCUGAAACACCAUGAAUCUGCGAGGAAUCGGCGGGACAAGGCAGAGCCGAAGAUGGAUUUUGCUACAGUCUGUCCAGGCCAUCUCGAGUUCGUGCCUUUCUCGGAACAUUUCGGGGCUGGGUUCCACGCCUGGAUACAGAGCAAACACCACACGGCCUCUGCGACCCUCCGGGAGCUGCUUUUCAACGGCUUCGGCCUCUCCAGAGGGCUCGACGCUCUGCAGUCCAUUUACCUGGUGUCGGACGGCGCAAGGUCUGAUGCUUUUGCCGAGGCCGUGUUCAGACACCUAGACAGCUUUAGCGCAAGCUGGAGAGACCGCUUCACGUUGACUGAGAUUGCUCAAGAGGCGUUCUCGUCUUCGGUGGACACGUACCGUCUCUCGGCCGAGAUCAGCCCGCGCGGCCUGCCCCAUAGCGCAGUUGCUUCGCGGUCAUCGGUCCGCUUCAGCCUCCCCGCCAUACGCCUCAUCUAUCGCCUAGACUGGCCGGUCCAGAUCGUCAUCUCAGAAGAGAGCGUGCAGGGCUACCAGGCCAUUUUCACUUUUCUGCUCCAAGCCCGCAGGGCCUUCUUCGUCCUCAAGCAUCCCAUCCUCAGCUCCUCAUCCCACAUAAGCAGCGGCGGCGGAGGCGCGGCCAACGACCACCUGGCCCGCUCUUACUACUCGCUGCGGUCCAAGCUGCUGUGGUUCUGCAACACCGUCAUGGCCUACCUGACCACGCUGGUGCUGGCGCCAAACACCGACAGGCUGCGGCAGGGACUUCGCGACGCCGCGGAUGUCGACGACAUGAUCACCGUGCACUCCGAAUUCGUUGCCCGCGUCGUCAACGAGUCCUUGCAGGGCCCCAAGCUGCAGCCGAUCCACGACUGCAUGCUAGACGUGUUCGACCUAGCGCUCAGGGUCGAGGACAUGCGCCGCGCAGAGACGGCCAGGAACGACGAGGAGGACCAGGAAAUCUCCAGGCUGUCCGUCAUGUCCUCGCCCGUCAAGACCCCGGCCAAAGGAAAAAAGGCCGUGCGCCGGGUCGAGGAGGAGGACGACGACGACGACGAAGAGGACAGAAACGAGCGGGAGCCCGACUGGGGGUCCGUCGUAGGGAAAGGAGCCGCUGCCGGCGUCUCGGGCAAGCCGUACACGCUGGCGCUGGGCGAGAUGCACGCCGACUUCGAGCGGCAUCUCCGCUUCGUCGCGGGAGGGCUCCGCGGCGUGGGCAGGGCGAGCCGUGACGAGGCGGCUGGGAAAUGGGACCUGCUGGCGGAGAUGCUCGAGGUGGGCAUUCGAGGCGAUUGAUGAAAUAGAUAGAUACCCCCAAGAUAGAUAGCGACUUUCAGGAGGAGCAGUUUUUUUAUUUUUUAUUUUUUUUACAUUCAGCCAAUCGCUGCGAUUGCCGGAUAGCAUACUCCGUAUUGAUUUGAGAUAAAUGUCACAAAAAGUUAUAACGUAAUUUUCUUUCGA